AAGGGGCCGGCUGUGGAAGAUUGUUCCUCUCUCUCUCUCCCUCUCUCUCCUGCGCGGUGACAUCUUCACAGCCUCCUUUAAGCCCGGAUCGAGCGGUGAAGCAGCGUCUCUCUCUGCACGUCCAGAACUUCUUGUUUCAGUGAUUUGGUGUGUGUGUGUUUGGCUGUGCGGAUCCAGCCCUCUCUCUCUGUGCUACGAGAGAGGAGGGGCAGACGGCUACUUGGAGCCGAGUCCACCCCCCCUCCCACGGAAACAGGUUCCAGCCUGAUGUGGAGCUGCUGAAAUCCGAUAGACACAGGAGUUUGCUGUUUGAUUUUUUACUGCCUGCUGCUGAUCUUGGCACAAGGAUGGAUGUGGCUGAGCGGUGACCGAGAGGCUUUUGUUAAUCGUUCUCCAGGGAGCUUGGCGUGAGUUACUUGGACAGCUCUUCUCCCUCCCACCCCCCCCCCCCCAACCCCUUUGGGCAGCAGCAAAAAGCCCCCGUUUUCCCCGGACGGACCGCUUUCCAAUGGCUUUGCUCUCAGCUCUGACCGGGCUCCCGGAGCCUUGAACCGCCGACGCCUGCCAGCCCGUGCUGCCCAGAGCAGGCGAUCAGUGGGAGCUGGUGUGGCCGUCUUCCUGCGCUCGCCCACCCCCGCGGGACUGGCAGAGGGGGCAUCGCUAACGGAGGACCCCCGUACCCAGAGCGAGCUGACAGAACGGAUAUGUUCAGAGCAACGUGAAGAUGGAUUUUGCUUGUCUGCUGCUGUGGCUACUGACACUCGCACUGGAAAGCGUAUCGGGUCAGGGGGUUUACGCUCCGCCAACUGUGAGCAUCAUGCACUCUGGUCAAGCAUGUAACAUAGAAGAAGAACGAUAUACAGAAAGGGUGUACACAAUUCGGGAAGGAGAAACCUUGGAGCUAACCUGCCUUGUUAGAGGUCACCCACGGCCACAGAUCAGAUGGACCAAAACAGCAGGAAGUGCCUCUGACAGGUUUCACGACAACAGUGUCUUCAAUGAGACCCUGAGGAUCACAAAAAUCCAACGUCACCAGGGAGGCCGUUACUACUGCAAGGCUGACAAUGGCUUGAGCACCCCUGCAAUCAAAUCCAUCAGAGUAGAUGUAUACUAUUUGGAUGACCCUGUACUGACGAUACAUCAUAGUAUAGGUGAAGCAAAGGAAUUGUUUUACUUUGAAAGAACUGUAUUCCUUAGGUGUUCAGUCAAUUCAAAUCCCCCUGUCCGAUACAGUUGGCGUCGAGGAAGAGAAAUUCUAUCACAGGGAUCAGACAAGGGGAUUGAGAUCUAUGAACCCUUUUUUACUCAGGGUGAAAUAAAGAUCCUGAAAUUAAAGAAUCUACGUCCUCUGGAUUAUGCGAAUUAUAGUUGCAUUGCAUCAGUCAGAAAUGUUUGUAAUAUCCCUGACAAGAUGGUUUCAUUCAAGCUCAGCAAUGCUACAGGUCCAGAACACUCCACUGAGAAAUCAGGACUAAAAAUAGACAGAGACCACCAGGCUUCAAACCAGCGAUUUCCAGCUUCCCCUUCCAUCAAGUUGUUGGUUCCUGAGCAUAUUGUAGUAAACCCUGGGGAUUCACUUUCCAUGGUGUGUGUCACGACUGGCGGAGACCCCCCUCCCACCCUAACCUGGAUCAAGGCCAUUGGACCUCUUCCAAAAACAAGUGUGUUAAAAGGAGGGACCUUAACGUUGCAUUCAAUCAAUGUAGAGGAGGCCGGAGCUUACAGUUGUCUCGCUAACAACAAUGUGGGCAACCCUGCCAAAAAGUCGAGUACAAUCACUGUAAGAGCUUUGAAAAAAGGACGUUUCUGGAUAACACCAGAUCCAUACCAUGAUGAUGACAACAUUCAGAUCGGCCGUGAAGUUAAAAUUUCCUGUCAGGUGGAGGCCAUUCCCCCGGAUGAGUUGACUUUCUCUUGGUUCAAGAAUGGACGUCCCCUUCGGAGCUCAGAAAGGAUGGUUAUCUCAACAACAGAUCCUGAUGUCUCACCUGGCACGACCAGCCUGGACAUCAUUGACCUAAGGUUCACUGAUUUUGGAACAUACACUUGUGUAGCAUCUCUCAAUAGCCAGGCUGUACCUGACAUCAGCAUUGAUGUGAACAUCUCCAGCAGUACUGUGCCGCCAACUUUAUCUGUCCCGAAAGGAAGGUCACCAAUGGUUACACGAGAAGGUGACACGGUGGAGCUACAGUGCUUGGUUUCUGGAAAGCCCAAACCCAUAAUUCUUUGGUCCCGUUUUGAUAAGGAAAAGGAGAAGGAGCUCCCAAUGCCUGAUGGCACCAUGCAAAUGGAAAGCUAUGAUGGAUUACUCCGCAUUGUGAAUGUGUCCAGGGAUAUGAAUGGAAUAUACAAAUGCCAAACAAGCCAGUAUAAUGGGUUUAAUGUGAAACCAAGGGAAGCAGCCGUGCAGCUUAUUGUACAGUACCCACCAAGUGUGGAGCCUACAUUUCUGGAGAUUCGACAGGGUCAAGGCAGGAGCAUUACCAUGACCUGCAGAGUACUGAAAGCCUACCCAACUCGUGUGCUGACCUUUGAAUGGAAGCUGGGCAAUAAGAUUUUAUUAACAGGGCGAUUUGAAUCACAGGAUUAUACACAGAUCAGAGUGGACAAUCUUUCCAAAGACAGCUAUGGAGUUUACAACUGCAGCAUAAUCAAUGAGGCUGGUGCUGGCACGUGUAGUUUCCUUGUGACAGGUAAAGCUUACCCUCCUGAAUUCUAUUAUGAUACACCAAACCCACUCUGGCAAAACCGAGCACGCGUGUACUCCUACAUGUUGCAGUGGACUCAGAUGAACCCAAAUGCUGUUGACCGUAUCCUUGCAUAUCGUUUGGGGAUCAGGCAGACUGGCCAACAGCGUUGGUGGGAACAAGAAAUUUCAAUGAAUACUAUGAUCCAAUCAGGAGAAUUAAUCACACACAACCUGACUGAAUUACUGAAGCCUGAGGCCUAUGAAGUUCGUCUGACACCGAUUACACGAUUUGGAGAAGGUGAUUCCACCAUUCGAGUCAUUAAGUACACUGAUGCUCCCAUGACGAAUCCACAUUUAGGCGAAUUCAACUGUGCAUUUGAAAAUGAGAAGAUCUGUGGAUUCACACAAGAUCGACUUGAUAACUUUGACUGGACGAGACAAAGUGCUUCAACCAGGAACCCAAAGUACACUCCAAAUACAGGACCCAGUGCUGACCGAAGUGGAUCCAAGCAAGGUUUCUACAUGUAUAUAGAGACUUCCCGCCCUCGAACAGAAGGUGAAAAGGCUCGACUCCUAAGUCCUAUUUUCAGCACACUGCCUAAAAAUCCAUAUGGUUCCAUUAACAGUGCUUACUGCGUCAGCUUCUACUAUAACAUGUAUGGAAAGCACAUAGGUACUUUGAAUGUGUUUUUGCGAUUCAAAGGAUUCAAAGGAUCAACUGUGACUGAAAAUCUCAUCUGGACUAUGUCUGGAAACCAAGGGGAACAAUGGAUGCAUGCAAAUAUCAACAUCAAUCCAAGUGGAACUUUCCAGCUGAUAUUUGAAGGCAUUCGGGGGCCCAGUAUAGAAGGGGAUAUUGCAAUCGAUGAUGUAACUGUAACAGAAGGUGAAUGCAGGAAAGUUGACCAGCCUGUCAACAAUUUAAAAACUGGUGGUGAAGCCUCCGUAUUAAUACAUUUAUGGCUGUUUCCAGUCACUCUUCUUAUUGCCAUGUUAAGUCAUCGAAGGUGACCUUAUUAUGGCAGAGGCUGUGAAAAGAUUCAUCAGGCAUUGCACAAAGAAUGAAUCUUUAUCUAUGGACCUUCGAGAAUAAUUACCAAAGAUUCAUCAGCUGAUUGCAGACUCAAACUGUACGUGUGAUGGUGGAAGGCAUCAAGGGGGGAUCAGAAAGGAUGCCAGAUUUAAACAAAAACAAACAAAAAACUGUAUAUGUCUAAAGUGGUGAACCCAAGAAAGAGAAGAGCUUUCCAAGUUGCUUUAGAGGCGUUUGAAAGUACAACUCCAUCAAGAUGGACUCUGAAAGAGCUACAGAAAUUUUGUCAAAGCACAAAGAUCUAGCUAGUUUAAUUACAGUUGGACGGAGAUGCUUGUCGCCAGGAGACAUAAUGGUUGGCCAACAAAGGAAUUUCCUACUGGAAACAGGGUAACAGAAGUGCUGACAAUUACUUGCCUUCAGAGUUUUCAGCAAAGCAUUCGAUAACUGUGGCUGUCUAUUAUGCUGUGAAUACCUGAUCUCUCAACCAUCUGUAGCAAGCGUUUUAUUCCUUUCCCACCUCUUCACUGUUAACUUUGCUGUGCUUUAUUAUAUGUUUGGUGUCUCUGCAUGCAUUUCUGCCCACUGUAUGUGAACUGGGCUCAAAUAGUACUGGGCUACAUAAGAGUUGCUUGUGGCCACGAUAACGCAACUGGUCAUCUGUCUGAAGUGAGGAACCUAAAUCACCCACUGUUCACGACAUGCCAUAAAACCAAGUGCCUUCAAUUUGGAAAAAAACAUAUAGAAGAAUUGCCUGAAUCAUUUCAAUACAAAACACUUUGCACUGCUAACAAUGGAGUGUGUGGAACCUUUUGUAUAUAUGUCGCAGCUGAUUCCUACAAUUAACAGGCAAGGAAAGCAAACAACCACUGUAUCGUUCCUCCAAGAGAAACUCGAGUUACAAUCAAAGCCCUUGGACAAGGCAUUUAGUUAAAGCCAUCAAAGUGGCUUGCAACCUGGGAUCCUGUAGAAUAUUGGGAGCAUCACUUUGUACAGUUAUUGAGUGCAAAUGCGAUCACCAGAGCAAAGGUUUCUGGAAAUGUGCACAGUGCAGAAGUAGCAAACAGAUGAUGGAUUGAACUUAUUUACAGUAAUCUCCAUUCAGAUUGAAAAAUAGGCAGUCUGUGUGAAAGCGCUUUAGUGACAAGACAAACUGUGCUGAAUCACCUGUGAUUUUUAGGCUUGCAAGCAUGGAGUUUUCUUUGGGAUUGAAGUCUUAACUGAAGACUACAAGAAGGCAACAUGCCUCUGCCCCAUUAUCCAAAUCUGUGCCGAUUGUUACAUCUUAUUUUCCUACUUUAACAGGGGUGAAAAAUGUAAUGUUGCCUUUGGAACUCAAGAAGAAAAGGACAAGGUCACAAUCAAGUCACAUGAAACACUUCAGACCUUAGCCACAUGGUCUCAAAUUGUUCUUGACUACACUCAAAUUGCUGGUUUUAAAAUUCUGUGAUCCUUUUUGUUUAAAUUAUUUGAUCUUUUAAAUUAAUUCAAAAAAUACUUUUUAGUCUAAAGAUUGCAUAAUUAUACACUCUGAAAUCCCAAGCAUUGACAAAAAAAAACUAUAUGCAAGAAUUUGGAUUAGAAUUAUAAACAAAACUGCAUUGGAGAAUUUGUGUGAUCCAGAGCAUUGAUAUAAAAAGCACAAGAUGUAAUAGAUGAUGAUGAGGCUUGAACUUUUAUUUUAAAUUCCAUAGAAAAUGUGUCCAUAUUCAAGACAAUAUGGCUGCCAAGAUGAUUUUUCAUUCAUGUUCAAUAAACCUCUUUUCAGGUAUGGUGUGACUUAUUGCAUGUCUGAUUGCUCGACUGGGAGAUUUUAAUUAAAAGGGAGAUCUAAUGAGAUUCUACUACGCCCUUAAACUUGCAAAGUUAUAUUCUUUCUGCUUGAAUUCAUUUGCUCAUUCCCACAGCCAUCCUCAGCCCUGAUAUGUUGCAUUUGAUGUGGAUUUCUCUGAAUCCUUUCUCAAAAUCUAUUCUUGUGUUAUUUAAUCUCAUUUUUUUCUUUAUAUCACAGCCUGAUUCAUUGUGAAAUGGCAAGUUUCUUAUUGCCCUGAAUCCAACUGUUCACUUGACUCUCGUCUAUCAUUCCCAUUUGCUGUUUUUGACUAAAAACAUUGUUUAGUUUACCAAAUUCACAAAUUGAGCUGAAGUAAUAGUAUUUUUUAUUGAGCAAUUGCAAUAAUCAUCACUGGCCUCCUUGUUUAAAUAGGCUAAUAAUUUUAGGAAAAGAAAAUUUCCUGUUAUCUUUGUGUUGUAGAUCUGGCUCACUUCAAAUAUUUUUCUGUCUGCUUUUCUAAUAGAAAAAUAAACCUUUUUUCUGUUCUCGAUCUAGAAUUAGCCACAAGAGACUUACAAAUUUCAAGCAGAAGCAGCUGAUGACAAAAAUGACAACUGAUACAAAUACAAUACCAUGUUUUUUUUUGUACAGUCUUUCAUUUGAUUUCCAGUUGGUGUGGACCACUGCAAGUAGUAACAUUGAAGUUGCAGUUAUCACUUUUCUCAGGCCAUUUAUACACCUGUAUUAAAAACUGUAAAACUUUACAAACGUAUUGUCUCUUGUUUGAAUUUUUGAAUGAUUUCUCCCAAUGUCAUAGCAAUUUGAUUUGAAUUUUAAAGCCAGCGAACUGCAUUGAGGAAAGAAAACAGCCUCAUUCACUUGUGAUUGAUCAAUGUAAACUCGAAGUGUGCCCACUUGAAAAGGAUGCUGCAAUGUUGCAGGCACUAUGUUUUCUAAAGUGGAGGAUGAGAGUGGGCAAUUAUAAAAAUUAGACCAGAAUGCACUGCACCUUUUGAAGGUUUCGAACCAGAUCCCAUCCACAAGUGAGGAUCUCCUCUGUCUCAUCAUUGUCAUCGUCAUCUUUCCAGAGUGGUUUGAGCGGCAAAACGUGUUUACGUUAAACCCCAAAGUGAUAAAGCUUGCUGUUCCCUGCAGCCUUGCUGUUCAUCAAGAAAACACAUCUUUAUGUCAUCCCAAGACUGUUGUUAAAGGUAUAAGCUUAAGGAAGAAGAUAUAAAAGUGGAAAAGCCCAUUUUGACCACUUGAAGAUAAAAACAAUAUUUUUGCAGUGAAAUUAUCUUUUGAUAGAUUUCAUUUAGUCUUACUAACACCUCAAUAUAUUGUGGGACUUUUAAAUCUCUUCGUUGAAAAACCCAAGCACAACUGUUGUGAAUUUCUAUUUAAAAAAUGCAGAGUUCUCAACUUAGAUGGAAAAAUCUCAAGUUGCUGCAUUAUAUUAAGGAUGGGGCAUGUAUUUCAG